AUGGUUGGAAGCAAGCGCACGAGGAGUAAAACCGCCGCGAUGGCUCAAUCCGUGACGGCCCAAAGCCACUCCACCCACGAUCCCGCGAUCAACAUGGUGGCACCACCACCUCUCGCCACCGUGCCACCUACCGGACCCGCGACCGAAUCUAGCAACCUCCGUGGCACCGCCGCCGAACAUGGUGGAACCUCCCAUCAAGGUGGGCUCGUUACCACCACCGACUUAGGCCCGGUCUUGGAGCAACUUCAAGCGUUCCCUCCAUUGCCUCCACGCUCGACACACGCUCUCGCGUACACCUCCAGUGAAACCCUAGCCCGUGUGCAAUUGGGCUCCACACGCUUCUCUCCUCCCGAUCCACAAAGUCAAGCAGAUCUCAACCUGAGAGUUGACCAGCUAGCUCAGAGAGUGGACGACCAAAACGCUCUUAUGAGGCAGCUCCUUAAUCAAAUAAGCGUGGCUCAAAAUCUUGGCCUUGGACAACCAGGCGAAGUGAGAAGAAUAGACAAACACACCGGUGGGCAGCUCAACGGGCACCAAGCGGGUCGAGCAGGAGCGAGCAGACAAGGGGAUGCACAACCACGUGAUCAGCUUGCCGACAUGUCGCGAGCAUCUGCAAGCCACACACAAAGCAACGUGCGAGAAAGGCUUGGCCCACGACUUGACGUCCGUGCUCGCCUGGGCCCGCAGGGGAAUGUACUUCAAAGGCUAGGCUCCCAGGGAGAUCAAACUGACAAUCGCCGCAAUGAGGAUCGUGAAGAGAGGCGCUCCGCUGCCCACUCGCAGAGAAAUAUUCACGAAAGGCUAGGGCCCCAGGGAGGUCAACCCGAUAACCCUCGCAAUGAGGAUCGUGAAGAGAGGCACUCCAUUGCCCGCUCUCGGAGAACCAACUCUCGCCGUCAAGCUGCAGAAAAUCCCUCGCAAUCACAGUCCACCAACACGCCUCCUAGGCAUCGCGGACGAGAGGACCGACCCUUGCAGACCAACGAGGAGGUCAAUCAGCGUCGCUCGAAUCGCAAAAGGCGCCAACGUGAUCGACCAGCACUGCGCGUGGAAGAUGUUGAGAAGCUUGUGAAUGACCGACUUCGAGACUUGAAGGCUAGCGGGAACCUCGAGGAUGCACUACGUAAGGAGAUGGACCAAGCGAUCUCUACUCCUUUCACCCCUGAAAUCGAGCAGGCUACUCCCCCGAAGCGAUUCUCAACGCCUUCUUUUACGCAUUUCAAGGGAGAUUCCGAUCCCGAGAGCCACCUAAAACACUUCAAAAGUGUCAUGAUCCUCCACAAGGCCGACGACGCACUGAUGUGCAAGGCAUUUGCAAUGACAUUGCGAGGAGCAGCUCAGGACUGGUUCCACACCCUGCCAUCUGGGUCGAUCAACAGUUUCAAGGAGCUUGCCUAUGUCUUCACUAAAGAAUACACUUCUUAUCGGACGAUCAAGAAGAACCCAGAUCAUCUGUUCAACCUGCGCAAGAAGCCCGACGAAUCCAUUCGAGAUUACAUCAAGAGGUUCAAAGCAGAAAAGGCCAACAUCGUAGGGUGCGACGACCAAAUCGCAUCAUCUGCCUUCAAGAAAGGUCUUCCAGCAGAACACGAGUUAUACCGCGAGCUGACUAUCACUCCCAGCCAGACUUUAGCAGAGGUCUUCGCGACCGCAGAACGCUACGCGCUCUGGGAUGACGAUCGAAUUGCCGCGAAGAAGUCCACUGAGCAGGGAGAUCAGCAGACCAAGCGGGCGGGCCUAAGAAGCGAUGGAUUUAGCAACAAGAACAAGGACAAGCGCAGGUCACACCCACAAGAGGACGCUAAGGCAGGAGAGAACUACACCAAGUUCACUAUCCCUAUACAUCAAAUCCUAGCCCAAGUGAAAAACAAACCUUGGGUAAGAAGACCGCCACCCUUGAAAGGAGAUCCAGACAGGAGGGAUACUAGCAAAUACUGUGCCUUCCAUGGGACGCAUGGACACACUACGAACAACUGCUUCGCUUGGAAAGCACACCUCGAAGAACUCGUGAAGGAAGGUCACUGCACAGAAUUCAUCGCUAAGCAGGCCAUCCAACAGAUAGAGGACCGCGACACCACCAAGAAGCCGCCCCAAAAGGUCAUAAGGAUUAACACAAUCCUAGCCGACUCCGAGGAAUCUGGGUUGACCAGCAAGGAAAAAAAAAGGAAGAUCAAACAAGCCACUAUGAUCUCCCAAGUCUCAACCGACAUUCCGCUAGCAGAAGACGACCCUAUAAUCGGCUUCCAAAAGAAAGAUCUAAUUGGCCUUGAUCUACCACACAAUGACGCUCUUGUCAUCAGCAUUCAAAUCGCUCAGGCCAUGGUCGGCCGAAUCCAUGCAGACGAGGGCAGUGCGGCCAACAUCCUACAAUUGACAGUUAUCCAACAGAUGGGCUUAGAGGCAAAGAUCAAUAAAUCAGCCAAGUCACUGACUGGUUUCAAUGGAGCAACAACGGUUACCGUGGGCACGAUAGAGCUCGACGUCUACGCCCCACCUGCAGACCAUGGAUCAGCAAGAUCAAUGCCAUCACCUCCGCCACGCAUCAGAAGAUUCGCUACCCCAAUUCCUUUGGGUGGGAUCGGCCAAAUCGACAGCGAUCAGGCGAUGGCGAGGAAAUGCUCAGCUCAAGGGCUGAAGAAAGGCAAGCAAACACAGUUCCUCCCUGUGAAUCAAGCAGAUCUAAAGGGAGUAGAACAAGCAGAUGAGGAAGCAGAUCCCCAAUCAAAGAAUCAGGACCAAGUUGAGGGAAUCCGUCCGGAGGUCUAUCCUGAAGAAGGAUGGAAGCCCGAGGAGGACGUUGAGCUAGUACCCCUUGAUCCUGACAAGCCAGAGAGAACAGCGCGGAUCGGCUCGCGCCUAAGCCAGGAGGAAAAGGCAGAGCUUGUAGCCUUCCUCCAGAACAACAAAGACGUAUUUGCAUGGUCACCAUCUGACAUGCCUGGCAUCGAUCCCCAGAUCAUCUGCCAUCGCCUACACGUCAACCCAGCCAUCAAGCCUGUAGCGCAAAAGAGACGCAACUUCGCCCCCGAGCGAGUCGCCAUCAUUGAAGCCGAGAUCGACAAGCUUCUAGUUGCCGGUUUCAUUGAAGAAGUCUCAUACGCAGAAUGGCUGGCGAACGUUGUUCUAGUAGCAAAGAAAGAUAAAGGCCUGUGGAGAGUGUGCGUCGACUAUACUGACCUCAACAAGGCAUGUCCUAAAGAUAACUUUCCACUGCCGAGAAUUGACCAGCUCGUCGAUUCAACUUCCGGCAAUCAACUGCUAAGCUUCAUGGACGCCUACUCCGGUUACAACCAGAUCAUGAUGCAUGAAGACGACAAGGCAAAGACCUCUUUCAUCAUCGAAAGAGGUACCUACUGCUACAAGGUCAUGCCCUUUGGGCUGAAGAACGCCGGAGCAACCUACCAAAGGCUGGUGAAUAAAAUUUUCAAGGAGCAAAUUGGCAAGACUAUGGAGGUCUACGUAGACGACAUGCUAGUCAAAGCUCCCGAGCGAGCAGACCACAUCGAGAAUCUUGCCGAGGCAUUCAGCAUACUCCGAAAAUACAACAUGAAGUUGAACCCGAGCAAAUGCACAUUUGGAGUCUCGUCCGGCCGAUUCCUUGGAUACUUAGUCACCCAAAGAGGAAUUGAGGCACAUCCAAAUCAAAUCAAGGCUAUACUCAACAUGAAGUCACCUGCCACAACAAAGGAGAUACAAAGUCUAACGGGUAGGGCGGCAGCUCUCAACCGAUUCCUCUCUAGAUCUACCGACAAAUGCAGGCCAUUUUUCAAAGCCUUGAAGAAGGGACACAAGGAUAAGUGGGAUGACGAGUGUGAAGUAGCUUUUCAAAACUUGAAAACUUACCUCACUUCACCUCCAUUGCUCUCAAAGCCGAUACCAGGCGAAGACUUGUACAUCUACCUAGCGGUGUCCGACUCAGCUGUCAGCUCAGCUCUCAUCCGAGAAGAGCUGGGGGCACAACAUCCGGUAUUCUACACUUCAAAAGCUCUCCUCGAUGCAGAGACUCGCUAUCCGAAAAUGGAGAAGCUCAUUUUUUCGCUUGUGGUUUCUGCGAGAAAGUUAAGGCCAUACUAUCAAGCACACCGGAUAAUUGUCAUAACAGAAUUUCCUUUGAGAUCGAUCCUUCACAGCCCCGACGCUUCUCAGCGACUCAUGAAAUGGGCUAUCGAACUCAGUCAAUACGACCUCCUCUACCGGCCGAAGACUGCUAUAAAAGCCCAAGCUUUAGCAGAUUUUGUUGUAGAGUUUACUCCGACAGCCGAAGAAGAGAAGAUGUUGCAUGUAGACGGAGCAUCAAAUCACAAAGGAGCGGGAGCAGGAGUCGUCAUAAUCACCCCAGACGGAACCUUGUUGGAACAAGCUAUCACACUAGGCUUUUCUGCUUCAAACAACGAGGCAGAAUAUGAGGCACUGCUUGCAGGACUACGCCUAGCGAAAGAACUGUCGAUCAAGAGACUGGCCAUCUACUUAGACUCCCAACUAAUCACGAAUCAAGCCUCAGGCGAGUACAUGGCAAAGCAUCCAAGAAUGGUCCAGUACCUCGACAAAGUCCAAGGACUUUUGAAAGAAUUCCCUACUUUCACCAUCCAACAAAUUCCACGGGCAGAGAACACUCAUGCAGAUGCGUUGGCGAGCCUAGGAUCAGCACUGGACACCCAAUUCAGACGCUCCAUCCCAGUUGAACACCUUAACCGGCCAAGCAUCGAAGAAAUAGAGCCGAUCGACUCAAUGCAGAUUGAUGAGGACCCCAGCUGGCAAGACCCUAUCAUCGACUACUUGGUGAAUGGAAACCUGCCAACGGAUAAGUCCGAAGCUAGGAAGGUCCAGCAGAAGGCCGCGAGAUACUAUAUGCACGGCAGCAAGCUCAUCCGUAGAUCAUACUCCAGCCCUCAUCUCACCUGCAUAAAGUACCCUCAAACACUUGAAGUCCUCUGCAAAAUUCACUCGCCCAGAAAACUCUGA